AUGUUUCGUUCAAUUGUUAUAUUUCUUAUAAAUUUAAUUCUUAUAACAAAAAUUUCAAGUGAAAAUUUAAGUGGAAUAUAUAUAAUUGAUUCAUGUGAAUGUAAUGCUCCAAAAGAAAAUUGUGAAACAAAUGGACCAUUUAUAUUCGAUCAACAACGAACAACACUUGCUAUUCGACAAGGAACAGUACAAGUUGGUGUUGGUGCAUUAGAAAAUGAUCAAUUAGAUUUAUAUUUUAAUCGUAAUCGUUGUAAAGGUGUAUGGAAUGGAAAAAGUCGACUAGCAGAAUUAACAUGUCAACGACAAGGUGGAACUAUUUGUUCAACUAAACUUCGUUGUAUGUCAGGUUCAUGUCGUGAUGCAAAAUCAAUAAGUAUUUCAUCAUCAGCAAUAACAAUAACUAUAUCUGUAGUAUCGAUUAUUAGUAGUUUAUUUAUGUUGCUUUAUUAG